CACCAACAUAACCUCAACUUGUUAAAUUAUUAAACAUCUUUUAAUUUAUAACAAUUUAUUAUUUACUCAAUAAGCGAAUAAAACUAAACACCAUGGCUGAAAAAGUGGAAGAUUUAAAUUUACCGGCAGCCACCGUGGCUAGAAUCAUAAAAGACUGCCUGCCCGAUCACAUAUCAGUAGGAAAAGAUGCCAAAGCUGUAAUAUCAAAAGCCGCAGUCGUAUUUAUUCUGUAUCUCACCGGAGCGGCUGCAGAACAGGCCCAGCAAUCAAAACGUAAAGUAUUACAAGCCCAAGACAUCUUAAACGCCAUAGAAGAUCUAGAGUUUGACGAAUUUACAGCUCCUUUGUUAACUCUAUUGGAAAGAUUCAAACAGGCCAAAUCAAGGAAAUCUGCUUCUAAAGGCAAAAAAGAUGCUGCCGAGGAUGAAGAAGAGGAAGAAGAAACAAUGGAAGAAGAUUAAUUAUUAUUUAAACAAUACAAUAUUUUAUAUUUUUAUUUAAUAAAAAGUAUUUAAUAAUAAAUAAGCUUGUUUAAUAUCGUAGUAAUCAACAAUAGAAUAUCAAAAAGGGAAGAAAAACAUGUAUUAUAAUCAAGCAAUAAUAAUUAAUGUGGCGCUAUAAUAGUAAUUUUUCUUUCGAUUUUUGUUCGGCAUAAAGGACACUCUUGUACUGCCCCAGAACAGCCAGCGCAACAACAAAGAUGUCCGCAAGGCACAAAAAUCACUGUGCACUCCAAAUCCAAGCAAAUAACGCACUCAAUUGAAUUAAUUGCUUUGAUUUCUUCAGGCUGAGGAGCGGAAGCUUCGUUUUCCAAAACAGGAGCAGAAGGAGUAGUAGAAAUGUGCUCUUUGGAGUAGAUGCGGAGAGAAUCUAGAAUUUUCUGUCGGUCCAAAGGUAUCCUUAUGCCAGCUUCUAUUAGGUGUUGUUCUGUGAUGCUUUUGGC